CUGAAAUUUCACACGGGUGCUAGUUAUAUACUCUGUGGUCCUGAUUGGAUUGGAGAGUUGUCCUAAUGGGUUAAUUUCUGUUUACUUCAUUAAAUAUUGAUAGUUUUAAGUAUUUAAUUUUAUCCCGUUUAUAUUUAUAAAAUACCUCAGUUAUUUUAAGUUCAAUUCUUUUUUUGUAUUCCCUAAAUUUGUUAGGUGAAUAAUUAUACGAUGAUAGAUGGAAAGUGAAGGUAGUAAUAUGUAGGGUUAAGUGAGUGAGAGUUAAAAAAAUGAAUUACAUCCUAUUAUUAAACAAGAAAAAUCAGGGAGACAUAAUGUUAUGACAGAGGGAAUAUAAAUCAUCUUCAUUCCAAAUGUCUUCAACCAAUUCUUCCAUUGAUGGUGUCACCACCUCAGACACUCUGACGCGGAGUUACUCUGUAUCUACUGCUGAUAGAGUACGGGAUAACAUUCCAACAAGAGAUUAUGAUGGUCUUAAAACGCAAUGUGAUAAGGCCAUGCAUGAAUUACAAGUGUUAAGAAGGCAACAUAGUGAGACUGUCCGAAGAUGUGAACAUACAAUGAAAGAACUUGAGUAUUAUAGGGGCCAACAUCACGCUGCAAUGGCCCAACUAGAAUCCGCUGCACAAGAAUCAUCAUCACUUCGCACUAAAUAUGGAGAAUUAGUUUCGGAUUUAAGAUCUAGUCAACAGGAAGGAGAAAAUGGAAAUAGUGACGCUAUGAAUCAGUUAUAUCUUACAACAUUAUCAAAAUAUGAAACAAUAAAAGAAGAAUAUGAAAGUUUAAGAAAGCGUUAUGAUGAUCUUAUUGCUUCUCAUUCUUCAGCUGUGGAUAAAUUGGAGCUGUCUCAGGAAGAAGUUGCUCGUAUCAAAAAACAGUGCGACGAAAUGGUUACUGAAAGAAAUCAAGCUAUAAGGGAAAGAAAUGGUUUGAAGCAGCAGUGCACCGCUGCGAUAAGACAAUGGGACAUUGCUCUCCGGGAACGGAACGAGUAUCAGGAAGCUUUGGCUAAGGUUCAGCAACAACAUGAGGAAGCAGUUAAAGAAAUCAAUCAGGCAAUGGCUGUAAGGAUGAAAGCUAGCAAAGAUCUGAAGCGACUUACCGAGGAAAGAAAUGCUGCUAUGCAAGAGUACUCCCUUAUCAUGUCGGAGCGAGACACUGUUCAUAAAGAAAUGGAAAAGCUUUCUGAAGAUUUAUCCCAAGCAUUUAAGAAAAAUAAGGCUGUGGAAUCAGAAAAUAAAGACCUUCUUGAAGAUAAAAAAACAUUAUCUUAUCAAGUUGAAACAUUGAAAAGAGAGAUAGCUUCAGCACUGCACGACAGGGACAAGGCAUUGAAAGAGUGUAAUGAUUUGCGGGAGAAAUUUGGCGAGUUUACAUUCAAAGAAGAAUCUCAAAGAGACAGUUUGAAAUCACGAUAUGAUUUUUCAUGUCGGGAAAGGGAUGCAGGCCGGAAAGACUUACGAGAAGUGCAAUCAAGUUCUAUGGACUUAUUCGGAAAAUGCCAGAAAGAACGUAUGGACAACUUAGACCAAGCUAAUCAGGAAAUAGACAGGCUGAGGAAACAUGCAGAUAAAGCCCAGCAAGAACUACAAGAGGCCUUGCAAGAAGCAGAAGUGUGCAAGAGAAGGAGAGAUUGGGCAUUCAGUGAGAGGGAUAAAAUAGUGCUCGAGAGGGAGAGUAUUCGUACCCUGUGCGACAAGUUGAGGAAGGAAAGAGAUCGUGCUGUGUCGGAGCUAGCCGAGGCUCUUAGGGACUCGGAUGAUAUAAAAAAGCAGAGAAAUGAAACUUCUAAACAGCUCAAAGUUCUCAAGGAAAAAAUGGAGGCUCAAAUGGAAAAGGAAAAUAGGAUGGUUCAGCUUCAUACCGUUAGCCAUAACUAUAGCCAUGACUCCGCGAUCGACACAGACAUGCAGGAAUGGGAUACUGAAAUGCUUAGUAUAGAUUUAAAUGGAUUCAGUACGGCUGAUGACUUAGGAAUAGAAUUGGUGGGCGGAAGAGACGAUCCUAAUUAUCCCAACGACAACGGUAUCUACGUCUCGUCGAUUGCCAAAGGGAGUGUAGCAGAUGGAAAAUUGAAACCUAAUGACUGCAUAGUACGGGUAAAUAAUAAAGACUGUAGUAAUGUUAGUAAGAGAUUCGUUUUGGAAACAAUGAAAUCAAGCGGCAGCACUGUGAUAAUGGUUGUGAGGAGGCGGCGACUCUUCACUACUCAGCUGCAGUUAAAGAACUAUGAUCAUGGUCUGACUUUAGAAGCAGGCAUUUUUAUAAGCAAAAUUUCGCCAGGAUCUUUGGCAGCUAGAGAGGGAAAUUUAGCUGUCGGUGAUAGAGUAAUAAGUAUUAACAACAAGAGUGUAGAAGGGCUGAUGAGCUCAAGGGAAGCAAUGAGCAUUCUUAACGAACCUAACGACGUCCUCGUCAUUCAGACGCUCAAGUGUUCUAGCAAUAGCGUGGCCUAUACUGGAAAGCAGUCGAAUGCUGGCACUCAGACACAAUCUCAAGAUAUGCAAACGUCACCACCCGUUUACCGUCCCAAUCCUCUCUCAAAUUUGCCAUCAGAAUCAAGCGGAGCCAAUGGGGAUUCUAAGUGGGUGAGGGAAGUAAGAGAAUCAGAAGAAAAGAAAAGGAAUAGAAAUUCUUCCCCCAUAACGUUUGAGCAGGAGCGCGAUGAUGCUAUUGCCGAGCUGGACAGUGUAAUAGAUAGCUACCACUCUAGAGGUGGAGGAACAGUACGACGGAGACCUAAAUACCAUGAUAAAAAUGGAGGAACCUGGCCUAAAGCUAGGGGUGGUCCAAUAAUCGAAGCUGGAACUGGUACUAUAUUGCAUCCCAGGAAGAAUAAGGAACGUCUUCCAUUGUCUGUCCUCCUUACUAAUCCGCCCAAUUAUCCUUUACCUCCUUGUUGUGAACCGCCUACCCGGAGGAAUAAUACUACCAUAGAUUUUUCCGUCAAGUCAGGUAACUUUGGCAAAGAGCUCGACUACUACGUGAAGAAGAAGGGGCGAGCAGAAGUGAGCGACAGCCACAUCAGGAUCCACUCGCAGCUGUAUGGCUCCCCCCAUUACCCCUUCACCCCUUUUAUCCAUCCGCACACUCACCCCCACUCACCUCCCCCUAGUUACCAUGUACCAUCCGAUACCAGGUCUUUCAGUUUUGAACCCUCUUACAAUCCUCUUCAGUAUCCUCACACACACUCACCGUCCAUGGAUUCUCACUACCACAAGACGAGGUCUUUAGCUUCGGCCCAUUCGCAUCCAUCUGAUGAUACCGAUCACCCCAGCUUCCAGCAUUACGAAGGUGGCACCUUUCCAAGAAAAAAGGAAAAUCCAAGAUUUAGGAUUCCAUCCAACCCCAGCGUGGCUAGUAAAGGUAGUGGUGGUAAAAUGUCUUCAGGAAGUAUUGAAAAGUCAUCAGAGAGAGGGAGCCCUAUGCCUACUUUUCAUGUUGAAGUCUUAAGCCCCGGGCUUCGUCAAAACAAAACUAAUUCUCUUCCUGAUUAUUGUUGGCCCCACAAACCAUCGCCCGGUGAGCUAAGGCGGGUCCAUAUAGACAAGUCUGUGGAACCGCUGGGCAUUCAGAUCUCAUGCCUGGAGAGUGGAGGGGUUUUUGUAUCUACUGUAAACGACAACUCGCUGGCUUCUCAAGUUGGCCUGCAGGUUGGUGAUCAACUUCUUGAAGUCUGUGGCAUAAACAUGAGGAGCGCUACUUACCAGCUUGCUGCCUCCGUCCUCCGCCAGUGUGGCAAUUCGAUCACGAUGCUUGUCCAGUAUAGCCCAGAGAAAUAUCAUGAGACUGAGACGACUGGUAGCUCAAGCAGCGGCGGUAGCAAGACACGAUCAGGCUCGCCAACCCCGUGCAACAGCCCCCGAGCUAACAGAAAGUCCCUACCCGCCCAGCUGGCACAAGCUGUAUCCAGUUUAAGCCACCAAUCUUCGUCUCCGAGGUGGAUAUCAUCACAUGACGAUCCUCGUUACUUACAAAUUGAAACACAUAAAUGCAGCAAUCUUGGAAUCAGUCUUGUUGGAGGUAAUGCUGUUGGAAUUUACGUCCAUAGUGUUCAAAAUGGUUCUUUGGCUUACACUGCCGGACUGAGGACUGGAGACAGAAUUUUGGAGUACAAUGGUACCGACCUGAGACAGGCUACGGCCGAAGAAGCUGCUUACGAACUGGCCAAACCAGCAGAUAAAGUGACUGUCUUAGCCCAAUAUUGCAUCGACCGUUACAACGAAAUAAAGGACAAACCAGGUGAUAGUUUCUAUAUAAGAGCAUUAUUUGAUCGAGUUGGAGAUGUUGGUGACACAUUGCAGUUAAGAUUUCGUAAAGAUGACAUCCUGUUCGUAGACAAUACCAUGUUCAAUGGAGUUCCAGGUAGCUGGAGGGCAUGGCUUCUUGAUGACGAUGGCAUCAGGAACCAAUGUGGCAUCAUUCCGAGCAAAUUCAAAGUUGAAGAAGAGAUGGUCGUGAGGCGGAGCCUGGGAGACUUGGAAGGUGAAGCGAGAAGAGCCACAAGAAGAUCGUUUUUCCGACGUAAAAAGCAUCAACGAUCUGACUCCAAAGAAUUAGCCUCAUUCUCUAACAUCAGCCUUGGCUGGUACAGUGACAGUGGAACGCUUAACGAGGAAACUUCCCUCGCCAGUUACCAAAGAGUUGUCAAGUUGAAUUACUCUGCGUUAAGACCUGUACUGGUUGUCGGGCCACUCUCCGAGUGUGUUACAGAAAAACUAAUCCAAGAUUUUCCUGAUAAAUUUGCUCGAUGUGUUCCUGAAGUUAUGCAUUGCUCACAGGCUAUGAUGGAGAAAGGAAUUUCUGAUAAUAUCUUUGUAGAUUAUAGAAAAAAAGGAACUUACUUUGAAUGUACGUCAGUUUCAGCUGUGAAGGAUAUGUGUGAUAAGAAGAUCCACUGUGUUAUCGAAGUUGGUUUGGCCUCAGUGGAACGACUCCACAAGCAUCAAAUCUAUCCUAUCGUUCUACUUAUUAAAUUUAAAUCUGCGAAGCAAAUAAAAGAAGUCAAGGAUACUCGGUAUUCAUCAGAUAAAGUGACAGCUAAAGCAGCCAAAGAAAUGUACGAGCAUUCCCUGAAGCUGGAGUCCGAGUAUAAGCAUUAUAUAUCAGCAAUAAUACCAGCUGCAGGUGUGAACAUUGCGUACAUGUGUACGCAGAUCAAAGCGGCCGUGGAUGUCGAACAGAACAAAACUUUAUGGGUACCGCCUAGUAAUAUUUGAAACGUCUUACAAGAACUGAGGAGCCAAAAUUAAUAUUUAUUCUCUAGUGCUAAGAUUGUACGGCUAAAUCGCUGUACAAUUAUUACCAAUGAUAUGGUUAAACCAAAGUUCGAUUUAAUUAACAUGCAUAAAGCUUUAACAAAAUCUAAAUAUGAAUCAAAUUUUCAAACCCGUUAUAGUUGAGAACCUAUAUUACCUGUUCAGAUAAUUUUCUAUUAUUUCUGUUAGGUAUUCUAAUUUAAAAAAAACAAAACAAUAAUACGCAUUUUGUAGAUUUUUUUUUAUCAUUUGACAUAUCAGUUAUAUUGUUAGCACAAGAUAAAAUUGGUAUUUUUAUAUUUUAUUUUGUAUGUGGUUGAAUUAUUUUCUUUAGUGAUAGGAAGUAGCAUUUCUGUGAUUAUUGUAACUUGCCCUUUUUAUUGUUAUAAUUAUAUAUAUAUACAUACAUAGGUGCUUCCCUUUAACGUAGUUGUAACUUUUUCUGACUAUUGUUAAUCUUUAACUGUUUACGUGUGAAGAGAAUGGGGUAAUAAUACGACAAUAUUUAGAAUUAGAUUGCCUUUAUCAGGCGUUCGGCAAUGCCUAAUUUGAUCUUAGGCCUUUGAAUAAAAAGAUGUUUGUAGUAAGUCUGCCUGCAAUGUUAUUGUUACUCACGAUGUAUUUUAUAGAUGAUAUUCAACUUAUAGACUUAGAAGGCUUAUAAAUGUAUAUUAUAUAAUUAUUAUUAUGGUUAGCCGUUUUAAUUUUGUGUUUGUUUAGAUGUUUGUUAUUAUUUAUAUUCAGAUUUAUACCAUUGUCUGAAGUUUUAUCUUAUAGUUGUAUAAAUGUUUAAAAUUGUGAUGUUAUAAAUGCAAUGAUGUAAUGUAAACGAAAAAAAAAAAAAAUAAAAUAAAAAUAAAUAAAAUGAAUAGGACCUAAGUAAACUUUUGAAACAAUGAUUUAAAUGUUGCAACGAUAGUUAAUACGUAUUCAUAAUCAAAGUCUGUAAUAACUGUCAAAUUGGCUGUUGGAAUUUCUUCCUUUUUUUUUUAAUAUAUAUAUUUAUAGGGUUCAACCCAAUUAUGUUCAUUUUUGAAAUUUUAUUAAUUUCUUCACUCGGUAUAUUUGUUGUAUGAUGGCACAUGUGAUAUUUUAUAUUUUUAUCAUUAAGGUUUUAAAUAAUAUUCUAGUGUUAGUAAGUUUGAGUGAUUAAGACUUUUAUUAAUGAAAUAUAUUAUUUUUCAUUAUUAUUAUUAUUAUUAUUGUAAUUAAAUAAAUGCCUAUAAUUUUUUGUGCUCUCCUUCAAAUAAUGGACAAGAUUUAUUUAAAGAGUAUUAUUUUUAUAUGAGAAAAUGUGAGUAUUUUUUUGUGUGAAUAUGUCUAGUCUGUUGCUUUGUUUUUUCUCUUUUAUAUGCUCUCGGUUAAUAUCCUUUACUUGUAAAAAUCAUUUAAAAACUUAUCUAUUUCAAUAAUUACAAUAUGGUGAUUGAAAUAAAAUUUUGAAACACCU